UUGAUCAGGAAAUAGCCCAUUUAAAAGUAAACAUUACGGCACAGAUGACAGUUUAGUUAAAUGUCCGUAUAAAUAAAUAUGAGCUCUUAACCACGGCUAGAUGAGGCUUUAGAUGUCGUUACUCUUUAAAUUAGCAUAGCCUUUAGCCGUUAGCUUAGCUGUACUGAGCAGAAGAAGAAGACGAUACAACACGCAGUAGUCCAACAUGGAGGACAUGUACAUUAAACCAGGUAACCAGGAGCGAGGUUGGAAUGAUCCUCCUCAAUUCUCGUAUGGCCUUCAAAAGGCCCGCGGACCAAAUAAGAACCUCCUGAACAAGAGAGCAGCUCCACCUCCAGCAGCAGGCUCUGGACCCCCUCCAAUGACUCCUCCCUCCUCUGGUCCUCUGGCUCCACCACCUAUAGGUCAAGCCCCGCCCCCUCUAAAUCCAGCAGCUGGUCCUCCUCCUAGCUGUGUAGCCAUGCCCCCUCCUCCUUCAGGACCAGUCAGAUGUCAGACAGAGGCAGACAGCAGCCAAUCAGAGAGCGAGCCAGAUUUGGAGGCUGUGAUGUCAGUGCUGAGCGGAGCGCUGGCCGCUUGCAGAGAGACGGUUAAAGUUCAGGUGUGUAAUGAUGUAGCAAAGAGACUCCGCCUCCUGGAGGACAGCUGGAGGUCGGGGAGACUGAGUCUACCUGUCAAGAGACGCAUGGACUGUUUGUCUAAAGAGUUACACUCGGCCCGUUGGGAUUCAGCCGACGACAUCCAUCGCUCUCUGAUGGUCGACCAUGUGACUGAAGUCAGCCAGUGGAUGGUUGGUGUCAAACGACUCAUCGCUGAGACUAGAAAUCUCACGCCGGACCGCUUAGAGGGUUUCUGCAAACCAGCAGAACUAGAGCAGGAGCCAGAAAACCUGGACCAGGAUCAAGAAAAACCUGAACAGAAUCCAGAAAUAGCACAUCAAGAUCUAGAAGAACUGGAUCAGGAGGCAGCAUGUGAAUCUUGACUCUGUUAGUGCUGCUGACUGUGGACUCUGUGCUUCCUCUAGGGGGCGCUGUAGAGCACAGUGACUGCUCUGUUCCUCCAUUUUCAUUUUGAGCUUGACUGGACUCAGUCAGCUGUUACUAUGGGAUGGUUUUCACGUCUUAAAUGGUCUAAUAUUAAUCAUAUAAACUGUAUUUAAAUUUCUGUUACCUUGAAAUGAUGGAAUCGACCAAUCAGAGCUCUGCUAUGUCCACUUACCUGGAUUUGAAUAAAGCUUAGUUAUACUCGCUCUUU